AUUUGGCAGAAUUUUUUCCGAGCCCCCACAGCUUAACAACUUUGAAUUUUCUUUUGUUGUGAUGCUAGUUACAUCUCUGGUGAUGCAGAAUUUGAAUGCAAGCAGAAUAGAUGCCGAGGAAGGAAUUUCGGAACGACGAACCACUUGUGGCAACUUUUGCGUUUAGCAGAAACUUUUUAGCUUAUGGUGAAUUGAAUUCCAACAAGUGUAUUGUCUCUGCAGUUCCUUGUUGUGUGCUGUCAAUAGACACAGCGUGUAUUUAUGACAAAGAUUAUAUGGAUUCGCUCAUUUGAACUAAAAUGAGACGGGAAAAUAAUUAGAGGGAAGAAUCUCCAAACGGUUUUGAUUUUAACCGUGCAGAUUAGCUUCUCUUGAAAAUGUCAUGGAGAUGGCAAGUUAACAACCCUCAGCAAAUUGCUACACUACUAACCCUUCAGCAGCAGCAACAGCAGCAGCGACAACAACAGCAGCAACAACUACCAAUUCGGUGGGUACAUGAAUAUCAACAUCAGCUCCCACAGACGCAGUUACAUCAGCAGCAGCACCAUCAACAGCUGCAACAUGAUGUCCAGCAACACCAUCAGCAGCAGUUGCAGUAUCCAUUGCAAAGAAGAGUUCCAUCACCAUGGCUAGAUGUGUCCUCUUCACUCGCAUGUGCUGCACAAAGAGAACUAUAUGAAGAUACGCUCCCAGCUAGAAAUACAAGGAGGACAAUACAUAAUGAUAACAGACAUAGUGUCCUAUAUCAUGAAGGAAAAGGAAACGACUUUCCAUUCCAUGAAACAAGAACUGAAGUAUUUCAUCCUGGCCAUGGAAACCGAAGAUUAUUAAAUGAGGUGUAUGAGGCACGAAGUGGACUGUACAAUGAGGUUUUGCCCACAAGAAAUGUCCAACCGGCAACAGACACUGAUUACAGACAUAAUGGCCUGUACUACAAAAGACUGCAAAAUAGAUUUCCAUAUCAUGAUGAUAGGUCAGAAAUUUUUCUCACUGAAGAAAAACAGAGAAGAUUUUUGGAUGAGAGUAAUGAGUUUCGAAGGAGGAUGUGGCAUGCUCAAGAAUCUUGUUCAACAUUCGAGAGACAGCACGAAUAUCACAGGAGUCCCAGGGACCGAAGUGUUGGGCCAGAUAAGAGGUGCAGCAGAUACCGAAGCAAGAGUGUAGGGCCCGAGCUAGGGUGUCGAAGGACAUAUGACACCGAUUCAAGAAGGAAUACAAACAAUGGAGAAAACAAGCUAUUCUUCAAACAGAACAGUCAAAAAAUCCACUCCAGCUGUUCAGACUAUACAGAUGUGGGUGAAAAGAGAGAGAGAAAUAUCAGACGUGGAAAUGAAUGGAGAACAGGAUCAAAUCUGUCUAACGAAAAUGGGUAUAAAACUAAGAAGGCUCAUUCUGAAAUGCGCCAACCAAGAUCUAGGAAAAGAAAGGGUUCUGUAUCUCCUGCUAAAAACACUGACUCUGCCAUAGAUGGAAUAAAGAAAAAAAGAAGGAAUGUUCGUAAAAGAGCAAAAAUAAAAAGGAUUGCCUGUGAGUCAUCUGUUAUGCCAAACAGUGAAAGUGCUCCUUCCAGUACUCACAAAUCAGCAUAUAUUCAAGAAAACCGAGUUGGAGAUGGCCCCAUUACACAGAUUACUAGAACUGUAUCUAAUUUUGCAGAAGAAACACCAAGUUCUGUUACGAGAAAUGGAAAUGAUCAGAGUGCCAGCAGAAAUUGGCAGUUAACUCCACUUGAGGAUGUACCAUUAAACAGAAGUCUUACUCCUUUAAGUGGUAUUACAAGAACGGUGUUAAAUGCAAAUGCAGAGAGAACACAUGGUCAUAAAGCUGGUGAGAGAAAUCAUAGGCUCCGCAGCUUCCGAGAGGAAGAGGAGGAAGAAGAGAAAAUGGUGGAGGAUGAGGAGGAGGAAGAGGAGGAGGAGGAGGGUAGUGGUAGUGAUGGUGAUAGUGACAUUCAUGAGAAUGAUGAUGAAAGAGAGGAAGGAGAAGGCAGCAUUCACAACAAUGACCAAAGAGAGAAGGCUGUUGAGACAAGAAGUGUUGAACAUGAAGUCAAUAUAAACACAGACCAACAGUCAGCAGGUGAAUGUAUUGGUAAUAUUGAAUGCACCAAAGACGCUAAUAGUAAACAUGCUGAUGAAAAAGCAGCACAGCAGCAACCCGAUUUACCUGAAUAUAACUCUGAUGUUCCGGUAGGCAGGUCGCUUCUAAAGUGGACUCUGGGGCUGAGAUGUAGAAUGUGUCAUAAAUUUUUCCUGGAGUAUGAACAAGCAGAACAACAUUGCCAGACUCUUGAACAUUACAACAAUUAUGUGAAAAGACUCAGUGAGCUGCAAUGUGCAUUAAAUAUUGAUCCAAUGGAUGGACCAAAGGCUCUGGAGCUUGAUAGAUUAUUAGAAGAUGAACCUCCAUCAAAUAUACCACCAGAAAGUUCCUAUCUCAGUGAGUUGUGUAGUGGUCUUAUGUGAAAUAAAGUGAUAUAAUUGUGAAUAAAGUAAAGUCAAAUUUAAAAAGGAAAGAGAAUUCAAUUUGUCUGAACAAAUCUAAACAUUUAUGUGACUCAGUGGAAUUUCUGAGGCUGUCUAAUUACAUGCAUGGUUUGUAUUUCUAGACUGUUGUUAGUUGAUUUCAGCCCAGAACAUAACAAACUGUGUUGCAUAAGUGAUUGAUUUGUUCACAGUUCAUUAAUGUUGCUAGAAAUUGUAUUAACAGACUUCAGUGGGUGGCAUAUCUAGAAAACGUUACUCUUUUUGGCAAAAUGUGGAAAGUCAGUAUUAGAAAUUUGCAUUGUCUGAAACAGAUAUUUUUCACCAUGGAUAUCUAGUAUGUGCAAUGUAUCUAGUAUGUGCAAUGAGCGCUUCAGAUAUAUUAUUCAAGAAUUCUGUGAACAGUUUGCCUCACAAAUAUUAGCCAACAAAUUUUUUCACUUCUUUGUAUUGUACACAAAUUGUCUGUUACUCAAAGGAUAAAAAAUUUUGCAUCACAUUUUGUACCUUCACAAAUAUCAAAUCUUCACUAGAAAACUGUUGAUUUCAUUAUGUAUUACAGUUCAUUGAGAUAUUUGAUAAAUUAUUUCACCUCCCUCUAGGAGAUUAUUAUUUACAUUUGUUGAAACUCGUGGCAUUUAUUUGUGAAGUGCAAAUUGAGUACAACACUUCAAAAAACAGAAAUUAUAUUUUAAAAAUUAUUACAUUAUAAAAUGUAAUUUUUUUAAUCUGACAGUGAUAUGAAGACCAUUGUUGCUUCUUCUAUAAACGGAACUGAUAAAAUGCAUAGUAGAGGAAUAUUUUAGUUCACAUUUUUUGCUGAAAGUAUAUUGAUUUAACACGCUACAACUCCAAUUUUUGUUCCCCCCCCCCCCCCCCCAAUGUUUUGUUAUGGUAGUAUAUUAUAGAAUGAUUGUAAAGACUGAAAACAAGUGAACAGAAAUUUUAAAAUUCUGUGAAGUGUAUAGGAUUGAAAUACACUGGAGUAAUUUUGUUACUUUAAUUAUAUUUUGUGAUACUUAUGAUAUAAUAUGUAAUAUACUUAUAAUAAUAUUUGAAAGUAAUCUAAGAAUGAUAAAAAUAAAAAAUAACUUUGACAAGACUAAAAGUAAUAUGAAUAUGAGCUGUCUCAUCACAUUACAUUCCACAGAUGAAUUGGAUCUGUCGUACGACAUCUGUGAUGCCUGUGUGACACAACCAAAUGCUGUGUGUUAAUUCUUCCUUUGAUAUGUGUCCAUUAUUUCUAUUUAUUUGUUGAUGGCUUUUGCGUAUCACUCUUCAGCCUUAUUUGUGUUUGAUUGUAUUCCAUAUUUUAAUAUUACUGAAAUUCCAUGUAAUAAGUUAAAUGUGAUUCCUGUGAUAAGUAAAUAGUUGCAAACUAUUCUGGUGCAAUCUUGCACAUGCCUUUUACAGAUUUUUAUUGGGUGGAGCAAUUUACUUUUGUUCCAAUGUAGACAUGUGCCUCUCAUCACCUCAAGCCAGCUGUCACCUCAUGUAACAGAAAAUUGCACAAGAGUAACUAGUCUUAAAGCUGUUUAAAAAAAGUGGAGAAAUAACAUUUGGAAAAAUUUAGAGAGUAGCCAAUUAACCAGUUUAAUGUUGCCAAGAAUACUGCCUACAAGCAGUUUUUAAAUUCUUUUUGGCUUUUUCAAUUGAUAUUUAUGUGAUUUAUAUUACUUUUGAUGUUGUUAUUUUAUUGUGUUUCUGGGUUGCUAUUGCAUUUGUUCCAUAUAACUACAUAAGAUAGCUUAUACGAAAGAAACACAAAUUACUCUAUUCUGGGAUGCAAAUAUAGUAGAUAAUGGAACUGAUAGGUUUAUCAUGUAACAUUUUUGUUGUUACCUGUUACAGUGAUAUGGCAGUUGUUUGGAAGUCAUAAAGAAGUUUCUAUGCAUAUCCAUUCAGAGUAAGAUGCACGACAUGGCAUGACAAUAACAUAUAUGAGUUAAAAGUGGUUCACAUAUUGUUUGAUCCACAGCAGUCAGUUUUUGCCACUUAUCCUUUUGCACAAUGUGCCAUGAAAAAUUUAAUAGUGGGGUAAAACUGAGCAAAAAGAUGAUAUGACAUAUAGAUAUGGGAGGAAGUUUCUUAUACAAGAAAUAAAACAGUAGUGUCUUUAAAAACGUUCACAAAUAACAUUGUGAUUAAAGUAUUUGUUCGUUAUCUCACUUUGUUAUGGAAAGUGUUAUUCUCAAACAAUUGGAGCUCUUUGUUUUGUACAACGAGUUAGAGACUACAGCUGUGUACAAUUUCAGCAGAUACCAUAACCAUUUUUAAAGAAAUUAUAUAACAAAAAUUUCUAUCGUACAGUUUCCUUUUCAGUGAUUGUCUAGUGUUUCUUCAAAGAUCUGUGUUAACACGAAUGUAUAGCGUAACAUUUCUUUC